AUGCUCCUCUCCAACACCACGGACUCUCUGACCGGAGGAGGAGUGCCUCUCUCGGUUGACUUCGACAGUCCGGAGGAUUACUUUGUCUUCAUAUUCCAGAUUGUAUUCGCUACCACCACUGUUCUCGUGGCUGGAACUGUAGUCAUUGGCAUAUUGGCCACUAAAGCGCUGCGCCUCCAGAACAGGUUCAUUUUCAUGCUUAACACCAGUAUCUGUGACACUCUGGUUGGCUUUUCAGUGUAUUAUCUGGGUCUGUUUGAUGUUCAAGAGGGAUAUCCGCCUAGAAACGGCACUUACAAUGUUUUACCGUCUCUCCUAGGGGUGAAUAUAUUGACAUUUAUGUUCGCACAGUUUGACCGGUACUUCGCUGUGUGUCAUCCAUUCAUCUACAGCCGCUUUGUAACCAGACACUUUGUGAUUGGCGUCAAUAUCUACUGCUGGCUUUAUAACUUCGCUCACCUCCUCGCCAGGAACUUGUUGCCUGUGUCUAAAUCCUUACAGCUGUUCGUGGUCAGCAUUAUCUUAUUUCAACUAGUCGUGUUCACCAAAGUGGCCAUGACGAUCAAACUGUAUGUCGUUGCCAGAUUCCAGGUGGAAAAAGACCCUCCGAGCGCAGAGAAAGACAGCAAGAAGGAAUCCCUGAGAAUCAUCAUUUUUGUUGUCAUAAGCUUCUUGGUGUUGUGGUCUCCCUCUUUUGUAAAUAUAAUUUACAAGUUUGUGACAAGGAGGGGGCUGACCUUCAGAAACGAUGCCACCAAUCUUUUCGCCAUCAUGGCUCGACUGAACGCGGUGUGCACCCCGUCUGUGUACAUCUGGGGGAGUCCGGCUCUGAGGGACGCCAUGAUGAAGACAGUGUGGGGCAGAGCGUGUCCCAGAUGCAAGAGAAGAGUUGACCCAUGCCACAGGAGGGAAGAUACGAAGACUUCGUGGAAAUAAGAACCAGAGGUCUCCGUUCAGCACGUGACGCUAGUAACACUAUCAUUUUUGGACAUUUUCCUCUCUCUCUGUAAAAAGGUUAGAAAUCUGUGGAAUGGAUUUAGAGGAUGUUUAAAAGUUAUGCUGCAGUAAAUAUACAGUCAAAGACAAAGACGGUCCAAAUACGCAAGGGCCCGGCUAUGCCCAAUUUCCAAGGAAAGUAUGUGUGUCUAAAUUGUCACGAAAACAUGAAAAAUCUACCAACCAGUUGCAGUGUGGUCAUUAAAGGUCAAAGACAACAAUAUUCUAUUUUUCAAUGAUAUUUCCACUGUGUUUUCAGCCACGGUAACUUACCCACAUGUGCAUUCUUGUGAUCAGUGUCGCUGUCCACGGUGUGUGGUGCUGAACCUUACAGCACGCAAGUCGUUUUGGUUUGUUUUAUUGUUUAUCCAAAUAUUCUGUUGUGUAUUGUUUUGUUUUCAGACUUUUCUCAGUGUAGCUUCACACGUUUAGAAUCAAAUGUAUCACUAAUAGUGAUUUAAUACAAUACAAUAAGUACGCACAAAGGACACUAAACAGGAAGAUUUUCUUUGUUCUUAUCCCAACUUAAAAUGUAAUAAUGCUAAAAAAAAAAUUGAUCUUGUUUCUGAUUUUAUCUCAUUUUUAUAAAGGGAUGUUGAAUAAUCACAAGUUGCUGGGUGUCUCAAAAAUCUCACCUUUAGAUAUUUUGUGUACAGGGCAUCUAUGGGACAAAGAUUUUAAUUUAGGGGAUAAGGUAUGCAGUGGCUUCAUCUUGGACCUGCAGAAAAAAAGCAAAACUUGUACCACCAUGUUACUAAAAGGCUAUCACUUCAAGUAAAUCCAACUUUAGGUCUAUAUUUAAUUUAAGUCCUAAUGUUUAUUGUCACAUGUUUAUCCACUAUUAAGGAUGCAUCACAGCACUGACAUGACUGCAGGAAGCUUUGCCACCACAAUAAAAUGGAGUUUUUAUUGAAAGAUUACUUCUACAUAAACAGACAUAUUUUCAGACUUAACAAACUUCUCUUUCUACUUGAAUCCAUACAAAUGAAUAAUGUGUAUGUACUGAACAUAUUCAU